AUGGUCGACUGGCAAUCAGAGGCGGAGAUUGCCCAGGACUCUGCGGCAUUUGACAAGUUCAUGCACACCCUGCUGGGCCUUUACAUUUGGGAGUUCGUGACCUCGCUCCCCUUUGAUUGGGCCUUCAUCAGCGGGAAGAAGAAAUUCAGAUGGCCAAUGAUUUUCUACUUCGCUGGCCGAUAUUUCUUGCUAUUUGCAUUGAUUGGCAUUGCGAUCGCGUUGAACGUUACUGUCUUCGGGAAUGCGUCGAUUGGACUUGCUAGCAUCAACCUCUCCCUUCGCACUAUCGCUGUGUGGUCACAGAAUCCGUACAUUGUUGGACUGCUCGUGUGUGUCAUCCUCGGGCAUUGGUCGCUCCUGCUACACGGUAUUCUCAUCAAAGCGGCGUGGAUCCCUGGAUCCGGUUGCGCCAUCACGGACACCAAUAACCGUGUAUUGGCGGCGACGUUCAUUUACUCCAUGGCCUUCGACUUCCUUGUGCUCACUCUGACCGCAUGGAAGUUGGCUAUCCCGCGUCGGAGGGAGCAGAGCCGGAUUGUGCAGCUCAUUUUUGGUGACGGGCUCAUCUUCUUCAUCAUUGCAUUUUUGUCGAAUUUGCUCGCAACGAUAUUCAUGAUGCUGGAUCUGAAUGCGGUCAUGUCGAUCAUUGCCAAUGUGCCUGCUGCGAUCGCUUCGACGAUUGUCGCAUGCCGUGCGGUCCGUAGGUUGAGCAACUAUACUUCUCCUGGCGCAGAGGUGUUCGGUUCAACCGUGGGUUCAACAAUUGCAUUCAGUCGCGGCAUGCGCACGCGUGGUGGCCCUUCUGUUACAAUAGGUAGUACUGAUAAGAAGGAUGGGGUGCACGUCCAGAUGGAGACUUUUGCAGCAGUCUCAGACCCCUUGCCAACGAACUUCGUGCGUUAUGAUGUCACAGGCAAAAUAGUCACGUCGGAUAUCGAAUCCGACGCGUCGCCCAUCGACGAGUACAAACACGCCGAAUACUAG